UUUGCUGCUCAGCGCGACGAACUGAUGAAGUUCUACGGCUCACGUCUGACACAAGUCAAUGCUGAUCGUGAGAUCCCCACGGUGUUUGAAAGCGUGGAGGCUGCUAUUACGAAACCAAUGCCCUAUAAAAGCGACUCCUAG